CGCAUCAUCAGCAUCAGCAGCAGGAGGAGGUUGAAGAAGAAGAAGAGGAGGAGGAGGCGAGCAUCCUUCAUGAUUCUGCAUUAAAGCCGUUCAAUAUAUAUCAACAAACCCCGGGCCUUCACGGAUCCCAGCACAGAUCUGCGCGAACAUCACACACUCAAUCAUGGAUAAUUCCGGGAAAGAGAAGGAAGCCAUGCAGCUGAUGGCAGAGGCGGACAAAAAAGUCAAAUCGUCGGGUUCAUUUCUCGGAGGGAUGUUCGGGGGAAAUCAUAAGGUUGAGGAUGCAUGUGAAAUGUAUGCCAGAGCUGCCAACAUGUUCAAGAUGGCCAAAAACUGGAGUGCUGCAGGCAGUGCUUUCUGCCAAGCUGCAAGACUUCACAUGCAGAUGCAGAACAAACUGGACUCGGCCACCAGCUUUGUUGAUGCUGGAAAUGCUUAUAAGAAGGCAGAUCCUCAAGAGGCUAUCAACUGUUUAAACGCAGCCAUCGAUAUUUAUACAGACAUGGGAAGGUUCACGAUCGCUGCAAAGCAUCACAUGACUAUUGCAGAGAUCUAUGAAUCCGAGCUAGUGGAUAUCGAAAAGGCCAUCGCCCAUUACGAGCAGGCCGCAGACUAUUACAAAGGUGAAGAGUCUAACAGCUCUGCUAAUAAGUGUCUGCUGAAGGUGGGCUCGUACAGCGCUCAGCUCGAGCAGUAUCCCAAAGCCAUCGAGAUCUACGAGCAGGUUGCUACAAGCACGAUGGACAACCCUCUGCUGAAAUACAACGCCAAAGAGUACUUCUGGAAAGCAGCUCUCUGCCACUUCAUAGUGGAUGAGUUAAACGCAAAGCUUGCCAUUGAAAAGUAUGAAGGGAUGUUUCCAGCAUUUGCUGAUUCAAGAGAGUGUAAGCUGUUGAAAAAACUAUUGGAGGCUCAUGAGGAGCAGAACAAUGAGGCGUUCACUGAAGCAGUGAAGGAGUUUGAUUCGAUCUCCCGUCUCGACCAAUGGCAGACCACCAUGUUGCUGCGUAUCAAGAAGACCAUCCAGGGUGAUGGCGGCGACCUCAAGUGAUGUGUCCUAGAAAAAUACAGUGGCAUCCUAUUUAGUUUAAUUUCUUAGCGUAUCGUAUGUGUGUGACAAUCCGGUUGAACAUUUCUGUAGUGCUACUAGCUCAAACAUAAGCCGUUUCUUGGAAAUUUCAAAUGCAACUUGCAAUGCAUUUGGGAAAACAGAAGUAUAUAGAAUAUUAAUAUUGAUAAAGGCAUUUCUCUAUCCCUUUACUUCACCAUGAGGAAAUCCUUCCCGUGCACCAUUGUUUGUACUUGUGUGUGUGGCAUGUGAGACCCCAUAGAGCUGUUCUCUUUCUAAUAAUCACCUCAGUGUUGUCACUGGCAUUGUCAUGCAUGAUAAAUGUUAAAAGUGUGUUUAUGUGUUGUAGAAUACCAGGAUUUGGUGAGUGCAUUUAUUUCUGCUGUCUGUUUAGAUGCAUUUUGGUGCCGUUGGCCUUUAAAAUGCAUCCUCACGGUGUCUUUGUUGAUAUGGCAGUGUCAGUUCUGUCCGAGUAUUUGCUUUAGUGGUUGAAUUAAGCGUUGCAUGUUUCAUAAUCAGUAGAAUAGCAUCUCUAGCUCACAAAUGGUGAUGAAGUGCUCAGCUCAAGUGAUUUUUCACAGUGUGAUAUUACAGACAGCGUUGAUUUUCUAAUGCAGGUCAAGUUGUUGAAUAUGUAUAUAUAUAAGUCUUGAUUGUUGAUUUAUUCUGGUAUUAUUUGUGAUUUUAUCUUUAAUCUGUGGUUGUUUCACAUGGAUACGGGGCAUUUGUUGUUUUGGGCAUUCAGAUCCUAUGAAUUAUAAUUUUAGUUUAAAUGCUGUUUGGUUUUUAAAGUUCUUUACACUGUUGUAAAUCCUUUAGUGGAGAAUAAACAGCUUUACACUUUGUGUCAGAAAUUAAAUGAUGUUAACUGAAUCUGAUAUAUUAAAGCAUCUAAUAUGUUUUAUGACUGACACGGAAUCAAAAAUGUAGGAUACAUGGCAAGUGUUACUGAUACAUUUUAUUAAUGUUAUUUAUUCAAAGAAAAAUGAAUAAAUGAUCACCCACACCAUA